AUGGAGAGCUUGGCCAAAGAGGACAGCGGCGUGUACACUGCAAAAUGGGGCUCAGCAGACUCGGAAAGCAAGUCUUUCACGGUGGCCGUUGACCCAGUCACCUGCGCGGCCAACCAGGUGUGCGAUGUCACCAAGGGACACAGCUUCAAAUUAUCUAACGGCAUCGUCUCAGGAGACGCUGUCAAUUGGGCCAAAGAAGGAGCCAGCGUCGACAACAAAAAGUUUGUAAACGCUGAGCGGUAUGAUCUGAUCAGCCAGGCUGACUCGGCUGCUGCCGGGAUGUACGUGGCCAUCCAGGGUUCGGAUGUUACCAAGAUGGUGGCGUUCCUUGUCCAGGUUCACGAGCCGGUCACCAGAGUCAGCGUUGAACGUGUCGCUGCAAAGCAGGUGUCCCUCUCCUGCAUCGCAUCGGGGAGCUUCAAAGGACUCAAGUGGAAGAAGGGAGACACCGCUGUCGCCGGUGGUCCGAUCUACAAACUCGCUCUGAACAACGCGCAGUUGAUCAUCAACGAUGGCUCAGCCAACCCGGGCAAGUACACUUGCGUGGCCGUACAAUUCGACGGCAGUGAGAAGGAGUCCCCAGCCUUGGACCUCAGCAGCGUUGCCGACGACGACGUUGUCCUCUCCAAGCCCGGUGUCAAUCCAAGCGAUGGCGCUGGGGGCACCAGUCAGUAGUCUGUCCUCUCCCCCCAGCGGGGUCACUCCAGUCUCUAUUUG